AUGCUGCUUGAACAUCCAGGAUCAAGUUGUCAAAAUGCCGGAAAUUACUCCAGAUACAGUUCGGGGCAAGACAUUCCUGUUUGCGCGGGUUGUAAUCAGCAUAUUGUGGAUCGUUUCAUUCUGAAGGUGUUGGAUCGCCACUGGCAUAGCAAAUGCUUGAAAUGCAGCGAUUGCCAGUCUCAGCUGGCUGAUAAAUGCUUUAGCCGAGGUGAAAGCGUAUACUGUAAAGAAGAUUUCUUCAAGAGAUUUGGGACCAAGUGUGCAGCAUGUCAGCAAGGUAUUCCCCCGACACAAGUCGUGCGAAGGGCACAGGACUUCGUGUAUCACCUGCACUGCUUCGCGUGUAUAGUAUGCAAAAGGCAGCUGGCGACAGGCGACGAGUACUACUUGAUGGAAGACAGCAGACUCGUGUGUAAGGCCGAUUAUGAAACUGCCAAGCAGAGAGAAGCGGACUCCACAGCGAAAAGGCCACGCACGACCAUUACAGCCAAACAACUGGAGACGUUGAAAAACGCAUACAACAACUCUCCAAAACCAGCCCGCCACGUCAGGGAACAGCUAUCUUCUGAGACUGGUCUUGAUAUGCGAGUUGUGCAGGUGUGGUUUCAAAACAGAAGAGCAAAAGAGAAGAGAUUGAAAAAGGAUGCUGGGAGGCAGAGAUGGGGGCAGUACUUCCGCAACAUGAAGAGAUCCAGGGGAAGCUCCAAGUCAGACAAGGACAGUAUCCAGGAAGAGGGCAUGGAUAGCGAUGCCGAGGUGUCUUUUACAGACGAGCCUCCCAUGUCGGACCUUGGGCACUCUAACGGUAUCUACAGCAGCCUAAGUGAGAGUUCACCCGCCCUGAGCCGACAGGGGGGCGGUCACCCCUCCUUCCCCCUGGAGCAUGGUGGCACUCUCCCCUCCCAGGAGCCAUACCAUGACAUUCGAGCCAGCAGCCCUUACGGUUUGCCCCAGUCCCCCAGCUCGCUCCAGCCACUGGCCCGUCACCAGCCCCUUAUCUCCAGUCUGGUCUACCCUGACUCUGGUCUGCCAAUUGUGGCCCAGGGUGGGGGUCCAGGCGGUAUGACCCAGGGUGCAGUGAGGAUGAUGGGCGGGCCCAAUGGUCCGAGUUCAGACCUGUCCACAGGAAGCAGUGGUGGAUACCCAGAUUUCCCCGCCAGUCCAGCAUCCUGGUUGGAUGAAGUGGACCAUGCCCAGUUUUGA